UCAAGUUGCAAUUGGCCUGAUUGAAACUCAGAUAAAAGAGGAAGUGACGGUGUGAGUUUUGAAGGCUGGGAUUUAGAAAGCUUAGCUUGCCCACUAUCAUAAGAGUGCUUAAAGCUUUGAUCCUGUUUCUCACUCGCUUUCAUAAUUCAGUUUAGUGUUGAUUGUGAUGAUGGCUCUUUUUCAUGGGAGGUAGCAAAGCAUUUAUACCAAUUCUGCCUGAGACAAACAGGGCAUAAUAUUACACAGAGCUACCUUCUUUUGCUGUAAGCAGCUAUCCCCAGAUAGAGAUAUAGACAGAGAUAGAGAUAGAGAGAGGAGGGAGGGAGAGAGAAAGAGAGAGCUCAUCUUCUAUAUGUCUCUCUUUGUCUUUGAUCACAUGGCCUGCAUGAGGCUUGAUACUACUGUGAACUGAGUCUGGCUCAUCUAGUGAAACAGAUUGAGCUUACCAACUUCAACUUGUUUGUUUUAUUACUUGUUUUCUCUCACCUUUCUGGCAUGGAGGCUACGGAAAUAUAGGAGGGCCCUUUCUUUCAGUUUCACUAGUUCUUCAUCAGAAACAGUAUACUAGUUUAUUCAUUUCUUGGUGAUAUUACUCUGAUCAAUACAGGUGACAAAUUUUGUGACAUUUUUUCGGGCUGAGAAUCGAUUUUGUUAUGCUGAGAUAUAGAUCUAGAGCAGUGACCAGCAAGCAAGCUCCAAUGGCUGAUCACAGCUCUCAACAAUCUCAAAACUACUACACCACCAAGAUCCCAUCUUUCUUUGGUUCUCCAAGAUUCAGAGCCUUUUUCACAAUAAAGGGUAGUCACUCUGAAACUGACCAAAGCCCUAUGAUAAGUCCUACUUCAAUCCUUGACACCAAGCUUAUUUCUCUCCCUUUUGGAAACCCUUUUCCAUGUGACAAAAACCAACCCCAGUUAAUCCCAAAAGCUUUGUCAGGGACCAAACACUCUUGGGACAACUCAGAGGCCAAAGGCAUUGGCCUUGCUCUAGUUGACACACUCAUUGAUGAAAAAUCUGAAGUUAAUUGUAGCACUGCUUGUAAGCAAAGUAAUGGGAAUAAGGUCCUGUUUGGAACUAAGCUUAGAGUUCAAAUACCACCCUAUCCGGCAAAAGGGUCUGCUAAUUCCGGCAUCCAAACAGAGAAUUCGAAUUCGAAUUCGUAUUCUCCUCAGGCUUUUUCAAGGUGUGUUUCAGUGAGGGAAAUGGAGCUUUCUGAGGACUAUACAUGUGUGAUAUCUCGUGGACCUAAUCCAAGAACAACUCAUAUAUUCGACAACUGCAUUGUUGAAAGCUACUACACCUUAUCGGAUUCAGGCCACUUCUCCAAAUCUGCUCCGGAGAAUUUCCUUAGCUUCUGUCACACAUGCAAGAAGAAUCUUGAGCAGAAGAUUGACAUUUAUAUCUACAGGGGUGACAAGGCCUUCUGCAGCCGUGAGUGCCGCUACCAAGAAAUGCUCCUAGACGAUAAAGUUGGAAACCCAGAAUUUUGAUGCUGCUGUGAAAGGACUUGUUCUUGAAAUUUUCACCCUGUUGUUGGAUCCAAAUUUUUUACCUUUUGUCUUUGGCUUUUCAAUCACCCUCUCCCCUGCAAAUAAAGAUAAAGAGAGGAGGAGAUAUUUUAGUAUAUUGUAGAGGUUUGAGUUUUUAUUUAAUUGACUACUUAUUUGAUUAAGGCCUCUCUAUAGGCUAUUCCCACAAAUUUUUGGCUCCGAGUAGACGAUGAUGUAUGAAUGAUUCUGAGACUUGUUGUUUUUUGUUCAUGUAAAUCAU